GAAGUCACGUGAUUGUUGACACCAACUGCCACCCAAGUUUAACGUUCUCCUCUGUUUCUCGUUAAAGCUGCUGUUUUUGUGUCAGUUAAAGCCCAGAAAGGCGUUUGAAUUACAUUUUAAUGAAUGUCUGUUAAAUUGUGAAAAUAAAUUCAGAGUUUUUUCCAGUUUUAUUUGUAAUUUUAAUAAGUUUUGAUGAGAUCUCCGAGGAGUAACGGUUGGUGGCGGUAACACUCCGAAUGACAGCAACCCGAAUUGAAACAGUAGAAGAAGAAGCAACAGGAGGUUGAGCUGGUGAACAACAUGGCGGACGACAGCAGGUUCACCGCCAUCAAGUAAACACUGGGCCAAGCGGAACCAGAGACGACUACUAACUCUUUUAAUGUUACAUGGAUAGCCCAGACUCCCCAGGACUGUGAGGCCUCCACUGAAGCCUGCAUGGCGUCCACCCAAGCCCGGAUAGGCCAGCAGGCCUUAGCGGUGCUGGAUGUGGCUCUGCGAGUUCCUUGUAUCUUUAUUAUCGACGCCAUUUUUAACUCCUACUACGACCCUGGUUCGGGGUGGGCCGGUGUCAUGGGGAAGGUGCUGGUCAGAGUCACAGGCGUCCUCAUCUCCAGCGUGGUGCUGCUGCUCUCCCAGAAAGCCUUGUUCAAGUUCUACACCCUCUUCUGUGCCGUCCUGCUCGGGAUGGCGGCGGUCCUCUUCAACUACUACGCCACCUCUCACAUAGACUUCUACAGCGCCUACUACAAAGCGGCGCUGGGCUUCAGGUUGAUGCCCAGGAACGGGCCGACGCUGUGGCUCGGCAUGGCCGCGGUCCAGCUUGUUUUCGGCAUCGGAUACGUGUUCCUGCUCAACCUCCAGUCGCUGUUUGCCGCGCUGGUGGUCCUGGACAUUAUGAUCCCUCUGUGGGGGCUGAUGAUCGAGCUCCCGGCGGACGUAAGACAGAUGGUGGCCGUGUUUUCGGGUCUUGCGUUGGCUCUGAACACGGCCGUGUGCCUGGCCAUGAGGCUCAAAUGGUUCUACUACUCGUGCCGGUACGUGUACCUGCUCGUGCGGCACAUGUACAGGAUCUACGGGCUGCAGCUGCUGCUAGAGGACACGUGGAAGAGGAUCAGGUUCCCAGAUGUGCUGCGAGUGUUCUGGCUGACUCGGGUCACUGCGCAGGCGUUGAUCCUGGUCUACGUGGUGCGAGCGGUGAGGAGGGAGAGCGGUGAUGCGACAGGCGGUGCCACAGACGGGAGCUCGGACUCGCAGGGUUACCUCCUGAGCUGGGACGUUUUCUGGGAUCUGACGAGUAACCUGAUCAUCUCCGGCUGCGACUCCACCCUAACAGUGCUGGGGAUGAGCGCCGUGAUCUCCUCUGUGGCGCACUACCUCGGCCUCAGCAUCCUGGCCUUCAUAGGUUCCACAGAGGAAGAGGAUAAGCGUUUAGGCUUUGUAGCUCCUGUUCUGUUCUUCAUCCUGGCUCUGCAGACCGGCCUCAGCAGCCUGGACCCUGAGGAACGCCUGGUCCGCCUGAGCCGCAACAUGUGCCUUCUGCUGACGGCCAUCCUGCACUUCAUCCACGGCAUGACCGACCCCGUCCUGAUGUCGCUCAGCGCCUCCCACGUCUCCUCUUUCCGCCGCCAUUUCCCCGUGCUGCUGGUGUCCACGGCGCUCUUCGUGCUCCCCGUGGUGCUCAGCUACGCCCUGUGGCACCACUACGCCCUCAACACCUGGCUCUUCGCCGUCACGGCGUUCUGCGUGGAGCUCUGCCUGAAGGUGGUGGUGUCUCUGACCGUCUACGGCCUCUUCAUGGCGGACGGAUUCUCCAACGUCCUGUGGGAGAAGCUGGACGACUACGUCUACUACGUCCGCUCCACGGGAAACAUCAUCGAGUUCCUGUUCGGCGUCAUCAUGUUCGGAAACGGCGCCUACACCAUGAUGUUCGAGUCGGGCAGCAAGAUCCGCGCCUGCAUGAUGUGCCUGCACGCCUACUUCAACAUCUACCUGCAGGCCAAGAACGGCUGGAAGACCUUCAUCAACCGCCGCACCGCCGUGAAGAAGAUCAACUCGCUGCCGGAGGUGCGCGGCGACCAGCUGCGGGACAUCGAGGACGUGUGCGCGAUCUGCUACCAGGAGUUCUCCACGUCGGCCCGCAUCACGCCGUGCCACCACUACUUCCACGCCCUGUGCCUGAGGAAGUGGCUCUACAUCCAGGACACGUGCCCCAUGUGCCACCAGAGAGUCUACGUGGAGGAGGAGAGCCGGGACAGAGCCGCCUUCUCCAACAACAACGGGGGGUACGCGGCGCCGCAGGACGACGCCGACGCAGCCCCGCCGGAACCCGGGGACGACCGGCACGGGGAGCCGGACGGGGAGCCGCUGCCCGACAGACCCGCGGCCGGCUUCCAGGCCGCGGGGGGCGGAGCCGGGGAGCUGGAGAACGAGCUCCUGGAGGACAACGACAGCAUAGAGUACGAUGAGGACGAGUGGGGGACGCAGAACGGCAGCACACCCAUAGAAGAGGACUAUAUCAACGACGACACAGACUCCACAGAGGACUGACCCAGAGAUCUAUAGAAGAGAAUAAACAUAUAUCUUUAUUAUAUUUAAGUUAAAAAGAAUUCUAAAACUUCAGCAUCUUAAUUUGCUCUUGAAAAAUCGUCAGGGAUGUCUUUCUGUUUCUUCUUCGUUCGUUUGAUUUUUGAGUUUGUUUUUACUCUUAAGGGCUCGUGGAGGAGUAACUGCUGCUCUCAUUCUUUGUGUGUGUGUGUGCGUGAGUGUGAUUGUGUGUGUGUGUGUGUGUGCUCGGGCUGCAUGAUGUAGACCAAAAAGCUCAUACUGUUCUUUUAUCUUUUAAUCGAAUCCUAAAGAUCUGAAUACUCCACCUCAGUGAAUCAAACAGAGUUAUUUUCCUGUUUAGCAUUACAGAAAGGGUUAAAAUCACUGAGGAGGAAUAUAUUUAAACAAACUUGAAAAAUAUUUUGUAUUUAAAAAAAAGUGAGAAUAACUUUGGGAAGGAUAAAGUAGAGCUUUCACUUAAAGUGCCACGUUUAAUCAUUAAAGAAAAUCAGAGGAGGAUGUAUUUUUGAAGCAUUUUGGAUUAAAGCUGCAAGCUGAAACACUCAAAACACAGAAUUCAUUUUAGUCUCAAGUGUUUUUGAUCAAUUCAGAAGGUCUGAGCUUGAAAUAACGAUGCAGAAGAGUUCAGAAACAUUUUCUUGUUUUUGUUUUUUUCUGCAGAAAACAUGCAAGAGACGAUUUGGGUUUAAAACUUGAAACUUCAGCAGAUAAUUUUCAGAAUUCAUCAGAGGCAAAAUGAAGAAUCUGAUGAUUAAAGUGCCAUGUUUAAUAAUUUAAAAAAAAUCCAAGAAGGAAGAUUUUUUUGAAGCAUUUUCAAGUUGAAUCUCUCAAAAUGCAGAAUUCAUGUUAGUCUGAAACCUGACCGUGAUAAAAGAUCGACUUAAUCCUCAAAAUGCACGAUGAAAACAAACAUCCUCCCUCCUUCAAACUUUGAGUUUUGUCACUUCUGCAGCCCCGGUGAAAAUAUGUGCGAGUGUAAGAAUCUGUGCAAUCAUACGAGCGUGUGUGUGUGUGUGUGAGUGUGUGUGAGUGUGUGUGUGCCUGCCGACACGUAAUGUGCUUAGACGAUGUCUUAAAGAAGCAGUUCAUGUUCCCUUGUGGUUUUGUCUGGCGAGGGAAACGCUGGUGGGUUUGUUGGAGACAGAAAUGUUGAGGAAGCGAAGUGAAGCUUUUAAUCCGUCUGCAGGUCCAGAGUCAGGAGAGGAGGGGUUUUUGAUGCUUCGGUUUAACACGUUGAAUCAACCUCCUCAAAGUCUGACUGAACCCUCUCCAAUCCUGACCUGCAGACUGGUCUGGGCUCAACAGUUCUGUCCUUGACUAACUCAAACAGAAUAUCUGUGAACUUCUGAGGGAGAGAAGGAGAGAGAGAGAGAGAGAGAGUGAAGCAGUUUUCUAUGGACUCAGAGAAAAACAGAGAGGUGUGUCUGAAAAAGAAAAAAUGACUUGCUACUGUAAUCACUGAUAUACCUCUAUCAUAACUUACUACUGGUCUCUUGUGUGACCUCGCUUACAUUUGUGUACAUUAUUGUACAUAUAAUAAAACAACAACAUGCACACUUUCUCCGUUA